CUUUUGACUUAACAAUGACUGUCAAGCCACGGUAUAUCGUGAAUGUGUGUUUUCAUACUUAACCAAAGAAACUUCGAGAAAAAUAUUUUACGACUCAGAAAAACAUUUGAAUAUAAGAGAGGAUAAUAAUAAUUAGGAGGAAAAAAAUUAAUAAUGAAACAUGGUGAAUGUUAUGAAAGGUGUUCUUGUGGAAUGUGACCCAGCAAUGAAGCAGUUCCUACUCCACUUAGAUGAAACACUGGCCCUCGGUAGAAAAUUUAUCCUUCAGGAUCUGGAUGAAACCCAUGUGUUUAUUUCAUCAGAUAUAGUUGAAACAUUACAAGCUCGUGUUGAUGAUUUGAUGGACCAAUUCAGUUUCCCAGUUCACGAUAAAGGUUUGUAA